UUCGUAGUCAAAUUAUUUUGAUCUGAGGGGAAACAUAUACUGAGCAAACUAUGAAGCAAGCAUAUAUUAUACUUUUUAAUUUUAUACACUGUCUGGUGGUAAAUCAGGCCACUAUUGACCCACCUCCAUACCAGAUUGACCCGUUGUUGCUUUCAAACCAAGCGAAUACCUUGUCAGCCUAUCCCGUUAGCAUUGAUUAUCUUGGCACUGGCUACAACUUGCAAUACGGAAAUCCACACGGAAGCCCGAUAACCGCUGGACGAGACCCAGGUCUAAGGCCAACAUGGAAGGUCUUUGAUUGGACGUUCGAAGAGCAUGGUUCGACACCAGAUCAGGUCACCUUCGUUCCGGGAUCAAGCUGUUCAUCCGAACUGUCUCUAGAGCUGUAUCACAAUGCUUACGCGUAUGCAUCCACAUUGGAAAAAGAAGUUACGUUCUCAGUCGGUGCUCGUUACAAAUAUGGGAAGACCAAGUUCAGUCAUAGCAACUAUUACAAAGAAACGUCUGCAUCCAUGGGAUCGAAUACUAACCUUUAUUAUGAAGAGAACACAUUGUGUUACCUUGGCGAGGCGCAGCUAAUGACAGUGGACGCGCAUUUUAAGAAAUUUCCACUGGAAGACACUUUCGUUGCACGUGUCAAUCGGCUUCCAACAUUGUACUCAACGAACAAUACGGAUUACAUGCUUUUCAUACAUGAUUAUGGAACUCAUGUCCUGAGUUUUGUGUUUAUGGGAACGAGAGAAGUGAAGCGAUAUAAAUGGACAAGUUCGGCAUUUGUUGAGUACUCUGCUGAGCAUUAUUCGCCUAGCGUCAGCCUGGGGGGAAGUUACAAAGGUUUCGGAGGUUCAAUUAGUGUCGACAUCGAUAAUGUUAAAGUGACAAUGGACACGGGAUUCAACACUGGCUUUUACGUAGAAACCAUAUCCCUAGGAGAUGAUAACCUUGCCAUGCCUUUUUCGUAUACACUGAUGGGAAUGGAGGAGAUUUUCCAGGAACAGUACUGGCAGUUGAACGAUGACUACGUUAAGGCGGGAAUUUUGUCGGCAGACUUCUACGGCCGGCUUGAUGAAAUGAAACUCAACGUAGAGCAGGCGUUAGCAGACUAUCCAGUUUGGCUAAAGAGCGUUGAUGCAAUUGAAGACGAGUACCUCACAAUUCCAAUUACCUGGCCAGUUGGGGCCUAUGGCUUACCAAAGACCAACACCGGAUGUCCACAGACGCCUGGGUUUACGUUCCACGAAGGGUGGAGAUUUCAAGACGGCGAAAACACUAGAAACGCGGCCUACGGUUCUUCUCCUCUCCAUUUUCCUAGUGGUGCUGCCAGCGAAGACGUGACGCAACAUUUUUGUAUGAAAACUCAAAAUGAGGUUACUGAGUAUGAUAUGUAUUGGCCUAAGGGACAGUACUGUGUAUUCAAACCAUCAACUGGUGCUUGCCCUUUCGGAAUGACAUCUGGGUGGAUCUAUUGGGAUGAUGAAGAUAGUAAAAACAAGAACAGUCUUAGUUCAUCUGUACCGUCCGGUGUAUACGACACAAAUACAAAAAUCGACUAUUGUUGUAGAAUCGACGGUUUCGCUGAAAAUCCCAUCUACCUACCAGUUGAUUCUCCAUUUUAUCUCUUCCCGUAUUCCCACAACUGCCAGUCAGUUGAAGGAAUGAAUGCAAACAUGGAGUUUUACAGAUGGGACGACGAAGAUACGUUCAAUAAUGACGAGGUCAAAGGUUACCAUCCAUAUAGAGAAAUUGAGAACAACAAAAACAACAAAGUGUACUACUGUUACUACACUCCUAAAUAAAUACAUACUUUUAACCGUAUUAAGGUCGAUUUUAACGAAGCAUGAUGCAACAGGGAAAAAAUACAUAGACCUAAUAUUCUUUAUCCAUUUAUUAUCCUUUAUGUAGAUUCACAUUCAAGAAGAUAAUACUAGUUUUAGGGAAAAUAAUAGAUAUAUAACGAUUUCAAGAAACGGUAAUGCACCGAAAUAUGGUAUAUAAAAUAUCAAUCCAUAAAAGAAA